UUAUAAUAUAUUUGCAAUUAAUUAAUGAUGAGUUAUAUAAAUUGUUGAAAAGUAAGAAAUAAUAUAUACAUAAGUACAAAGUUAUGAAGUAUGGCAUAUACAAAAUAAUGUAUAUUAUUUACUUGUGCUGGUUUGCUUCUGUGUUUUCUCUGCAAAACUUUAAUAAUGAGUUUAAAGAUGACUAUGAUUAUGCCACAUGGAAUAAUCCAUUUGAUGGAGGACUUGGUAAUCUUAAACGUAUCGAAAAUGGUUUUACCUCAGACAUUAAAAAGGAAGAGACUGAUAAUGAAGAGUUGGAUCAAAAAUUGAAUGUAAAUGCAGAAAGUCCAAGCAAUGACGCAAGUGUUCAAGAGAAGAAAAAUGAUAGUACAGUUACACCAUUAGAAUGUGAAGCUCCAAAACACUAUUCAUCAGAUAUUCCAUACUUUAAACAUUUUUUGUCAAAAUUUGCAAGUUUUGUGCAACCUGGAGAUGGUUUUGGAGAAUAUUACAUUGCUCAAGUAAGAAUUUCCAGUAGCAGGUACAGUCGAUUGCAAAGAUUAUUAGAUCUAGAAAACAAUGAAAAAGAACUUCUGGAUAUUAUGAUUGAAUCCUUUGAGUCUUUUUCUCAUCCCAAUAAUGACACAUUUUGGAGAAACACUUUUUCUGAACAACUGUGGCCAGUAUUGAUGUUUAUUGGAGGAUUAUGUUUCUGCAUUAUUAUUUGGAACUCUGUUUCUUCUUGGAAUUUAUUUUUAUGGCGCAGAAAUAUCAUUUUAGUUGUCUUCUUCUGUUUUUUAUUAAGCAUUCCUUGGGAGUGGUAUAGAAUGUACAAGAGUGCACUUAGUAAAAAAACUGCAACUUCUUUGAAAGACAUUCCUCAUGAGUGUACUCCGAAUAAGGUUACUGCUUGGAAUAGCAUUAGACUGUGGUUCAAAGAUUUGAUUAGCACAACACCUGAUCAAUGUGCUAUGUAUUAUGAAUCUAUAUUAGUUGAUCCUAUUUGGGAAGUAUCACCACUUAUGGCAACAUCAACAAGCUUAUCCCGUUUCUGCGGGGAACCGCUCAAACAGCUUGCUGCAACAUCUGGAGAAUGUUUCAAAUUAUUUUUUAAUGAAAUUCCAAUGCAGUGGCAACCGAUUGUCUUUGCUGCAGUUUUUAUACUUUUGAUUAUUUUAAUAUUUUCACUGUCCGGGUUUGAGAUAUCAACGCCAUUUUUGCGCAUUGGAUCUAAAAAUACGGAUGUUUCGAAAAUAAAACAGAUUUAUGAAGAGAAAAUACAUUCUUUAAAAGAAAAAAACGAGAAGUUAAUGUUAGAAAAAAUAAGGUACAAAGGUAACGAUUUCAAAAUAACUGAAAGAAAGUAUAUCGAUGAUAUUGGUUUUGAUGAUCAACCCAUCCGACUUAAAAAAAGACCGGAAAAAAUACAGUCUAGUAUAUCUUCCGGAUUCGAAAAAAACAAAGUGAAAUCUUCAAAAAAUUAUGUCUCAGAACCUUUGCUACAAAAGUUAACACCAACAAGAAUCAAAAUUGGCAAUGAGGCUGGCGCUUUGAACAGCGAUUCAAACGUUAGUUAUUCUAGAUCAAGGUUUAGUGAUGCUCUUGAAGCAUCACAAGCGUGCGAAACAGAGUGGUGUGAUGAUGUCAGACACCCGAGUGUGAAUCAGUCACCAUUGCAUAUCAUUUCGUAUUCAACUAAUAAUAUUCAGGACUUGGGUAAUUCUAGAAUCGGCGAAAAUGAAAACUAUUUUUCAAAUGUACAUAGAGUACCGGAAAUUGGGGGAAAUGAUCGCGAUAAUCAUAUGGAGAGCGGCUAUAUUAUGGUUAAUCAGUAACAUCUAGUUCAAAAUCUAAUACCUGGUCUUUGAACGUUAUGAUAAUACUCGGAACGUUAUGAUAAUACUCGGAACGUUAUGAUAAUACUCGGAAGCGUUAAAUGGCAACCGUUAAUUUUGUACUUUAUGAUUUUUUUAUUUAGUUUAUUUUUUUUAUUAUCAAUUUAUAUUGUUAUAUAAUAAGUUCAGUUCUAUUAUGUUACAGACGAUGUUGUACUCUUUAGUACUCUAUAUUAGUAAUGUGGAUACUUUAUAAUAGUAA